AUGUCAACAGCAAUUUUAUCUUAUAUUCAACUUCAAAUAAUUCGUUAUGCAACACCAAUUAUUUUAAUUUUUGGUAAUCUUGGUAAUAUUUGUAUUAUCAUUUCAUUUAGUCGACGUCGUCAAAGUUCUUGUGCAAUGUAUUUAUUAUUUAAUGCAUUAUUUAAUAGUCUUUAUUUAACAUUUAAUGUUUCAUUAUCUCUGUACGGUCUUUAUUAUGGAAAUCCAACAAGUUCAAAUCUAAUUCUUUGUAAAUUCCGUUAUUAUUUAUCUCAAACAUGGAAUCAAACAGCGACAACUUUUGCUAUACUCGCAUGUAUUGAUCGUUUUGCAUUAGUUACUCGUCAUAAAUAUCUUCAAUUAAUCAAUAAAUCCUUCAUAUGUCGAAUAAUUAUUGGAAUAACUUGUAUUUCUUGGCAUACUCUAUUGAUUCCCACAUUAUUCUUUGUCACAAUUGAAAAUCGAUCAUGUACAUUUAUUGGUAUAUAUUAUUUAAUUUAUUCAAUUUAUAUAGCAGUAUUUCUUUCUUUGAUUCCACCAAUAUUAAUGAUUAUAUUUGGUUUAUUAUCAUAUCAUAAUAUGACUCAAUUACAUAAACGUAUUCGACCAAUGAUGAGUAAUCAUAUUGUUAUUAUUCAUCGUCGAGAUCGGCAAUUAUUUCUUUUAGUUCUUGCUCAAGCAAUUGUUUAUGUAUUAACAAUUUUUCCUUAUCCAUUCAUUGUUUUAGAAGUUACAAUAACGAACCAAAUGGGAAUACAGAAAAGUGUGGAGUGGAUACAAAUUGAAAAUUUCCUAUCAAUUAUUGGAGUAGUACUUACUUAUAUAAGCUGUGCCACACCCUUCUACACGUAUUUUAUGACUUCGAAAACAUAUCGAAAAGAUUUUCUUAAGAGUUUUACUCAAUGUCAACGCCAAUCAUUAGUGGAAAAUUGA